UCACGCUGAGAAGUUUUGCCUGUCGCCUGGUCUUUGGGACAGCCUCUCACACACCAUCUCUGUUGCCUCACCAACUGGGAAACUAACUCACCUGCAAAAUCUCUCCAACCAAAUAACUCCCCGACAGCUUCUUGUGGGUUUUUUUCUUACUACUGCCAUCUGACAUGGAAACCCAGCAAAGAUACGGACACCACUCACUUUGCCACACCUGCCGGAGAACGGAGAGCAGCAGACUGAAGUUCAAGAAGAUGUCUUCGACCAGUCGUGCGCUGCUGUUUGCACUGGCCCUGACGCUCUACGUUGUGGAAAUGGCCUCGGCAGAGACGCUGUGUGGGGGAGAGCUGGUGGAUGCGCUGCAGUUUGUCUGUGAAGACAGAGGCUUCUAUUUCAGUAGGCCAACCAGCAGGGGUAACAGCCGGCGCACCCAGAACCGUGGGAUUGUAGAGGAGUGUUGUUUCCGUAGCUGUGACCUCAACCUGCUGGAGCAGUACUGUGCCAAACCCGCCAAGUCUGAAAGGGACGUGUCGGCCACCUCUCUACAGGUCAUACCCGUGAUGCCCGCACUAAAACAGGAAGUCCCAAGGAAGCAGCAUGUGACCGUGAAGUAUUCCAAAUACGAGGUGUGGCAGAGGAAGGCGGCCCAGCGGCUCCGGAGGGGUGUCCCUGCCAUCUUGAGGGCCAAAAAGUUUCGGAGGCAGGCGGAGAAGAUUAAAGCCCAGGAGCAGUCAAUCUUCCACAGGCCCCUGAUCAGCCUUCCCAGCAAACUGCCUCCCGUGUUGCUCACCACGGACAACUUUGUCAACCACAAAUGAGCCCGCUGCCAGCCCUUUGCACAGACAAGAGUUUUGAGGGUGAAAAAAAGCCUAGGGGAUUAUAGCUUUGUCUCUGACGUCAUUUCUGUGGCAGUCCUCUUUGACCUCCCCUGCCCUGUCCGAGCCCACCAAUCCCUCCCACUGCUCUCAUCCACCACGUCUUGAACCCCUGGCCCUUUUUUCUAAUGCCCCCUCCCCUUCCACCUCCAUCCCUCAACCUCACCCACCCUCCUCCGGCACACAAACAUGCCUUCACAUUCUUCCUGUCUGAACUCUUUCGCUCCCUCUCUCUUUCAGUCACUGAUACAAAAGACACAAACACAAAUGUUGAACAAAAAGUUAACAAUUUGGCUGAAUGCAAUUCAGGUGGAUCCUCAAGCAAAAGAGAAAAGAGAAGGGAGAAAAGAAGAUGAAAGAGAUCUGUGGUUUGCAAGUGUCAAGAGGACACCUAGCGGAAUGUUUUUUGUCCUUGUGGAAGACAACUGAAAGUGAAGAGCAGCUUGCAUGAAAGAAUCCAUUCCACACCAUUUUUCCCGAGGCAAAAAGAAAAUCUCUGUUAGUUCUUUUUCUUAUUAGUUUGCACCUCUACCUAUAAAGGGACUUCCACACUGUAAGGAAUUAUUUUGUAAAAUUAGAUUCCUGUUCCAGCACCUUUUGAUCACAAACAAAAAGCAGAAAAGAGUCUGCAAAAUUGCACAUUGCCACGGAUUACGUCAAAGUAAAGAAAAAAAUGGCACUAUUUUUUUAUGAACAAUGAACGUGUAGCUUAAAAAAAUGUCAUGGUGCUAGCUUUGGGAAUGGACUCAAAGAAGAGGUUGAAAAGCACGUUUUUUUUUCUUUGAAUGAAUAUUAAAACUUUCCGUUUUAAGGAAAGUGUGACUUUAAAAAAAGAGGAAAAUAAAGGAUAUGGGGGCGCUCCUGGCAGUGGCAAUGUCAAGGGGGAAAAGUCACUGAGGAAAAAUAUGGGCUGUGUUGGCAUCUAGGCUCAUGGCGAGUGCUCGCGGCUGCUCAUUACUAGUUUGCCAGCAUAAGCGGCAAAAGAGGGGGACCUGAGACCCAGUCCCUGUUCCUCUUGUCCUUCUGAGGCUGCCGGACACACGGAGCAGUGUGGGGACACAUAUGGGACGCAGUGGACCGCCUGGAUCGGGACAGUACUAUAGUUCUGGGACAGUACUUCCAGUUCGCCAUGGCUUUGCAGACUGCUCUGACAGGAAGAACAUGGCAUGGACAAAGAACGAGUGGGAUAAUGAUGAUUAUAUUUUAUUUUGUCUUUUUUCAUAUCAAUGUUUCAAUGAAAAAAAAAAGGAAAACCCUGUCAGUUUCUGGUACCGUGACAUUCCUGUUUUUCCAAGUUAGGCAUUUUUUUUUGUUUUCAUGGUUAUUGUUAUGAUGUUCUUUUACAGUUUUAAAGAAAGGCACAAAAUUUCAAUUCAAAGGGAAAAAAACAGCAAUAAUGUCAACUAACAUUUUAUUUUUAUUGUAUAUCAGUAGUAUUCACAUGCUUUUGCCUGAAAACAAAUACUUGAAAAUAUAUAUAUAUACACGUCUAUAUAUAUAUAUAUAUCUAUAUAUGUAUAGAUAUAUAUAUAGAUAUAUAAUUAGUUUCCAGGGACGUUGUGUUAUUUUCCUUUAGUCUGAGCUGUAUCUUGCGUAAUGAGCCGCCAAGCUUUUUUGUUUGUUUGUUGAAAUACAAAUAAGGGCACUGUAUAAAGGCAUUAUUUAUUUUGUUAUAAAAUAUAUUUGAAAAAUUGGUCCAAAUAAUAUACGUAGCACUGAUGCUCAACUGACGGAUUUAUUUUGUAUGAUCUCUGUUUUCCAAUUGGAAUUGUAAGGCUUUUUUGUAGAUGCUUUGUACCAAAAAUAAUGUCUUUAUUUUCCUUUUUUUUUCAUUUGCCAUAAUUACUUUAUAUUAAUAUUUUUAACAGCAGCAUAGCCUGGACUUGCUUUGGCAUGUUAUGUCACAGAAAAAAAUAGGCACAUACUCUGAAUAUGUUGGUCUGCAUGGAUUUCCAGAAGCCUGUCAGGGUUGUCUGAGAAGAAACGGAAAGCAUCAAUGAGUGACUUUUUCAUUGUUGGAAAAAAAAAAAAACUGUUCAACAUUGAUUGUACUCAAACCCACUAUGUUUUUAAAGCCACUUUAGUAUUGAUGGCGGGGGGGAAGGGAGAAUGAUCAGUCCUUCAUUAAAUCAUGUCUUUGUAAUUGUGCAUGGCGUCCUAUGAUCUUCUAAGGAGCAUCUUAUAUGUGCCAGUGCCACUGAUGCUGUCGGUUGGGUUAUGAGGCCGUAAAUGUCCACUCAGCUGUAGAUUUUAGGGUUUUAACUUACAGUACAUGUGACCUGACAAAGUCAUCAUAUUGAUGCCCUAAUUGGAGGUAAUGAUGUCGCUAUGAUGCUAGCAACCAUCCAAGGUCACCGAAAGGUAAUUGACUUUCAAAGAGAGACUAUCUAUCUAUCUAUCUAUCUAUCUAUCUAUCUAUCUAUCUAUCUAUCUAUCUAUCUAUCUAUCUAUCUAUCUAUCUAUCUAUCUAUCUAUCUAUCUAUCUAUCUAUCUAUCUAUCUAUCUGUCCUCUUUGUCUCUGUUUGUAAAAGACAAUGAUCUUAUGCAUCAUCAGUAUGUACCUGUAUUCGCAUGGCAUAUGUGUUAGUGGGUGGCGUUCAUCCCUCACAAUCUUCCAAUAAUGCAUCCAUUAUGCAUUUGAUGAAGGGCUACCACGCUAAACCAUUUCUGAAGCACUCAGGAAAAAAAUCUAAUCUGUGCUCUCCGAGGGAGAAGUGGAGUCUUUGCUGAGUUUUAGUGAUAAUGUUGUUGUGGAAGGGCAGCUGAGGUUGUUACCUGUACCAGGCCACAAUGAUUCAGUUCUCUGUGACAAACCACUGAAGCCCAUGUCAGACACAAGGUCAUUCUGUGCCACAUUAUAGUUUCCUCCUCUAUUGUGUCAUGCAUCACCCCAUGAAAUGGAGACUUAAUGGAUACUCGCCAUACUGUGGUGAAGAGUCAAGAGAAUACUUUAUAUCUUUCUUUUAUUUCUGUCAGAGAGAUCUCAAUUAUCAAGGCUGCAUCUUGUCUCUAAUUAUAUUCUACUUCAGUUGUGCAACAAAGCAGGCAGUGCAAUUAUUAUUAUUAUUAUAUUAUUAAUAUUAUUAUUAUAUUUUAUAUUUUAUUUUAUAUUUUCCUGCUAGGACUGCAUUCAUUCACUAUUGUAAUGUUCAAACAGGCUACUCUAGUGUUCUUAUGAAUGGCGUGAAAGACAACCACUUCUUUUCGCUGAAUAUGAAGAGAUAUCUUGCCGAGCAAAUGGCAACUUUGUCUGUGUCAGUAGCUCACUCAGCCUGUGUGUAUUUUAUUGAUUUAACCUCUGCACGCUAGAACGUCCGAAAUGCACAAUUCAUGUACUUUCAUUUUUAAUAUCAAUAAAAAAAACAUUUUAUCAAACGUACAA